CCUCUUUUAUCGACUUACAUAACUAAAUAAUCAAUGCUUCCAAUAGCAUCAACGAGUCCAUUCACCCGCAGUGAUUUCUCGCCUCUCAGCCAAGCAACACCUCACGCGCGUUGUCAUCGCAACAACUCCGCCAUUGAUAACAAGUCGCAACUGAACGCAUCCCGAUUUCGUAACAUCAAUUCGAAACCGUUUAAUUGUCACUCCAAUAGAUUCGAGAACGCACGAUAACUGUUUUACCAGGGAUUGAACAUUCAUUUGGAGAGAAAGACUCAGAGGUGUUGGAGAUUUUAUCGAACAGCUGUUACGGUUCUUUGCCUCAAGUCACGACAGCCCGGAAUACUUGGCUUUCUUAAGUCGUCUGCACUCCAUCUUCCCGAGGAAUACCACACCAUGAUGAGCAAGAUCGUGUCCAUGCUUCUUCUGUCCUGCGUGUUUCUACUAGCCAGAGGCGCUCCAAUAAAACAAGAUACCGAGACAUCGUUAGCCGACAAGGGUAGUUCGGUACAGGUAAGCACAAGGCUUGUGAAAUCAACAGACGAAGAGGAACUACACAAUCUUAAGAGUAAAGUCCCUGAGGUAACAAAACAAGGCCUUUCCAUUGUGAAGACAGUGACCAGCUCAGAGAAGGUGAUCAACGGUCAGAAGGAGAGCUCGUCCAAUGCCGAAACAAAAGUGCUGAAGCCAGGGACAGGCAAACUCAUCGCAGAUGUCAAGGUCGCCAGCCAAGGCCACCAAAACGGAAACGAGGCUCCAGAAGUAGAAACGGAAGUUGAUAUCCCCGACCAAGGAAUCGCGCAGAAGUUCAAAGGUUAUGGAAAAGAUGAAGUGCCCGUCAACAACCCCAUGGCGUUCACCCCCAAGGCCGUGGCAGAGUAUCUCCUGGUGUCUGGUGACCUGGAUGGAUUCUUUAGCUCCCUGGAAGAGCUUGUAGGCGCUAAAGUGAUGUCUGUGGACGAUGCCAAGAGUUAUGAGAUGGCCGUCGAACGCGAAUACCAGCUCCUGUUGUCAGAAUUGGAACAACCAGACGAAAUGGAUUACUACGACAGUCUGAACUUCAACCGGCCAGACAAGCGAGAAGAUGAUACGGAUGUCUUCAACAUCGAUUCGAUGGCGCGGCGAGUGAACCUCCAGAACGCCAUUGAGAAGGAGGAGGCUUAUGCCGAGCUCGCCCAGGCCUUGGUGAAAGAUUACAUGAGGGAGAGCGAGGUGGAGGACUUGCCGUAUGAGAAUGUGAUUGAUGGUAUGAACCCCCAAGAGGUUGACAAUGUCAUAGAUCUUCUUGCCGACGCCAUCGUGUCGGACGAACUUGAGCGGGAACCCGAGGUAGCCAUACCUCAACCGGAAAUGCCACAGGAGGAAGAUGACUCGGAGGAAGCGGAAUUAGAUGAGAUUGCGCAAUCCAUGGGCCAGGCACCGGAAGUGCCGGAGAAAGAAGAAGGGACGGAGGCCGAUGUGGCAGAUAAUGAGAAGAAAAGUCGAACGAGUCAGGAAGCAAAGGAAACAGACGACAAGAAGGCAAAGAAAGGUAACGACGAGACGAUUCCCGCCAAAAAAGUCUAGGAACUUGAUGACGUCAUACUGAUGGAUAUGAGUUGAAGCUGAUGGCCCUCCAAAGAUCAGUUUACUUUCACGUCACGUGACCGUUCAUCUAUCUGCCACCAUUUUCCGAACAUAUCAUGUGAUUAGUUUUGUGAUAUAGGUGAUCACGUGACUCGGGUAGGCUGCAAUUAUUUGUUUCUGGCAAUUUAUAUUUUUCUAUAAAUAGUCUAACUGGUUCUGGUUCUGUUUCAUAUGUAAGGUCCGUAUAUGCAGUUAAGGCACAAUGGUCAAGUGUGUGCUAGACUAGUUGCAUGGGGUAUGAUAAAGAUUCAAAACGGUCAUGAAAAUGAUAAUUACAUGUAAAAAGAUAUGAGUUACAAAGGCCUGGUUCCUUUUGGGCGUUUCCCACUGCUGUCGUUGCCUGCGCAUAUUUUCACCCUAAGAGGGUAUUAACGUUAGAAGCGGCAAAAUGGUCGGUUUUUUUACUUGUUCACAUCAAUAUUUUAUUGUCUAUGUCGCCUCUUCCCGGAUAAGCAAACUUCGCCAAGUUAUGAAGUCAACCUCUGUUGAAAAAUACGUCAUUCAGUCACAUGGUUGACGUCAUUUCCAUCAGAGGUUAACCAACCACUGCUAGGGGUGCUGAUCCGGAAGGAGGCCAAUUCUUUACUUCUCGCCCCGGUCACGUGUUCACCAACAACAAUAUUCGUUACCUCGUUGUCUUUUCGUCCAGUCAUUGUUUUCUGAAAGUUUGAAUACAUAAUAAUAGAGGGCAUUGCGACAGAAACAUGAUGGGUCAGCUGCAGCGGCCGUCACUAAUGCAUAAGUUCCCAGUCCUGUGUAUAGGUGGCGAUUUCGGGAUCUAUGAAAGUUUUUAAGAGAGGAUCACCCAAUGAGCUUGUGAAAGUCGGUAACGCGCCGCUUGGUGCGCUACUUUCGAACGAGAGGCGAGUUUCUGUCGCAUUGCUUUCGAGAAAAAAAAGGAGGAUGGCCUGCCAAUUCAUUUUAUAUGACGUCACUGAUAAAAUGUCGCUUUCAUUGUGACCAAAACAUGAAAGAGGUGAGGAGAUGAGAGCAUGCCUAUACAUCACAGAUAGACCAUUGCGCCUCUUUCUAGGUCAGCGCACCUGGCGGCCGAGUGUCGAAACUCCAUCAACCGACGGGUCAGCCUCUGUUAAAAAAUACAACACGAAGCAUGCAGUUUUAAGUGAUGACGUCGUUUUCAGCAGAGGCUUACCCUAGAAGUCGGUGAAGGCCUUGGUAGGCCACUGCAUUGUUGGGUGAGAGGGAGGUGCUAAUUGGUCUAGGAAGAGUGGCCAAAGUCGAUUAGGGCGGAAAUGAUGUGGGAAAUGUAGCCAGAUGCUUCGUACUGUAUAAUGACUGGUUCACGUGCUUGAUGACGUCACGUGCUUGAUGACGUCACUGCUUGAGGUUAAGACAAUCGUGCCCUGUUUGUAACUUGUCGUCUGCUGUAAAUAAGCUUGGUUUGUUCUCAUCAUGUCAUUUGCAUUUUGUAUAUCCUAAUGCAGCGGUCAAAGUCAAACUUGUACCCCUCCAUAUUGUCAAAUUCUGAUGGAACCAUUUUUUUCUGAGCUGGUCUUUCUGUCGAUAGGAAGUCGCGUUGAAUUCGUGGAGACUUUUUGUGAACGUUUGAUGGACAGUUUCUACAUUCGGAAAAUGCACCUGACGAUUCGAUUUCGAGGCAUGGGUGAAUAUCAACGUCGAAUCAUCUGGCCCCAGAUCAAAAUGCAAAGCGUUGAUUAUCGCCCGGUUGGGAAUGGCGGAGGGGUUCAUGGUUUAUGUGACGGCUGCAUAGUUACCCUGUAAACAAUGCCAUCAGUAUGCCGGAAUGCUGAAUGAAAGUAAGACAAUUUCCAUGAAUACCUGGGUCUUAAUUGUUAAUAUGUUGUUUAUGAGGGCGAACUAAAGAUACGGACCUUAGUGAAAUACGCCUCGGAUACUCGGGUAUCUGAUACGGCAUCUUCUUGUUGCUGGUUUGGAAUGCGAAAGCAUAUUUUUAUAUAUCUGUCAUGAUGCGGUUGUUUUUACAGGCAUACAUUACCUUUGGAACAAGACAGUCCAUGAAUCAAGUAAUGAACUUAAGGGGAAACAAAAAAUGCUCCAGGUCCUAAAAUUAAAGUGCUCUUAUCCUGCUUUCUACCAUUCCUCAAGAGUUUACUUUUCUAAGCUGUGAAAGUUAUUUUAUUUUGUAAGUCCUUAUAGGAGCUAGUAUUUCUCCGACAGGACAGGGCCUAUGAGCACAACUCCACGAGUCAUGUUUUGGUGGAAGGCAUCCUUUCAAUAGAUACAUCGCACGUUAAGAGUUUCCCCGAUUCUCGAUACUUCCAUAAGUCCAAAUCGCCAAAAACGAGCUACAUUUGUAUUUAUAUUUGGACGCUACCAGCCAUUUUGUUUUUCUGUGUAGUAGUUCCAUUUCCUCGUGGAAUGGGCCACAGGUUAUGUGAUUCAAUCCCAACCACAAGGCCGGGAUAAGAUCGCUUUAAUGAUCAAGAAGUUGUGUUUUCAUGGUCGUCACCUCCUGUGACACUUAUUCCUUUUCAAUAUGGCUGACAUUCCAUUGCGAUGUUUACGAGAGUUGAUUGAGAAAGUGAUCGUCCCUCAGCUUAUGCAUCUGUCAAUGCGUGCCUUGUACAUCCUUUCCUCAUGGGCCAAUGCACGUACGAAGCGAAAACAAAAACCUGUAUUAAAUCGAAGUCAUCCGAUCACGACAAUCCAAAAUAGGUCGCCAAGUCAUCAGUAAUAAGUCAAGGUAUUCGACUCCACUUCUGGGUCUGUUCAUCGGAUGGUUUGUUCAUCAAAACAUCAUUGCAGGACAAUCGCAUCGACAACUUACGAAACGCUACGACACGACUUCACGCCAAAUGACGUUCGAAAACUUUGCGGCCUUUGUCGCGGGUCGAUAGCCUGCGGAGGGGGGAUUCAAGCUCACGCAUUGACAUUCGCAUGAAUUUCAUAAUAUUUGUCCACGCAUUCAUUUGUUUUGUUGUAUCAUGAAUAAAGCCUAUUUCCUAA